CCAUCGUCUGAGCGGGCUGGGCUGCAGCAGUUUUAUGAACGGCACGGCAGCAGCAUCAUGAUCCCCUUUCCGCCGAUCGCGCCCCGAGUUGUUUCAUUGAUAAACAUUGCGGCUGCUGCAUUUCUGUCACGGACAGCGUCGAGGAGUGGAGCGUCUCCGUGGACAGGAGCAGAAGAAGAGGAGCAGAGACGGCAGCAGCUGCAGUGAUCAUCAACAACAACAGCCGGCGCCGAUCACACCAGUUCAGAAGCUGUUGAUUCGCCACUUGGACGCGGAGUGGAUCUUUACGCAGCCUCUGCUCUCCUUCCACACUCUCUUGGGACACUUGGGAAAAAAAUAAAAUCACCUGAGGGGUUAGUGAGACAGCUUUGGCCACUCAACCCCCUCCCUUUGCCCCUCUCCCUGGGGGAUGGGAGGCGGCGUCGUUAAGGUUCAGGCGCUGGAGCAUUUCUGCACCUACUUCCACGAGGCGCCCGGACGCGCCGAUGGAGGAUUCUGGAUGUUUUCCCCUGAAAAAGCCCCUCGGCAAUCUGCGAGCCUCCAUCGGCCGGGCGUGUGAUGCGAACUGAGUCGUGGGUGGCGUAGAAUCCCUCACUUUUUACACAUACAUACACACCCCUACCGGCUUGUUCGCGAACACUCCUUCCAGCCGGGACGCACAGCCUCGCUUCACGCCGCCGGGUUGAGCAGCAUGUCCCGGGCAGCGGCGAUCGCCAGCUCCCUGAUCCGCCAAAAGCGGCAGGCGAGAGAGCGGGAGAAGGCGAACGCCUGCCGCGGCAGCAGCAGUCCGAGCAACAGCAAGGGCGCCAACGAGAAGCCGAGCAAGCUGAAUGUGUUCUCUCGAGUCAAAUUGUUUGGAUCGAGGAAGAAGAGGAAGAGAAGGCGACCACCAGAGCCCCAGCUAAAGGGCAUAGUGACCAGGCUCUCCAGUCGCCAGGGCUUCCAGCUGCAGAUGCAGCAGGACGGCACCAUCGAUGGAACCAAGGAUGAGGACAGCACCUAUGCCCUGUUCAACCUGAUCCCUGUGGGGCUCCGUGUCGUGGCUAUCCAGGGCGUCCAGACUAAACUCUACCUGGCAAUGAACAACGAAGGCUUCGUUUACACCUCGGAACACUUCACCCCAGAGUGUAAGUUCAAGGAGUCUGUGUUUGAGAACUACUACGUCACAUACUCGUCCAUGAUGUACAGACAGCAGCAGUCAGGCCGGGCAUGGUACCUGGGACUCAACAAGGAGGGAGCAAUCAUGAAGGGAAACCACGUGAAGAAGAACAAGGCUGCCGCACACUUCAUACCGAAACCACUUAAAGUGGCCAUGUACAGGGAGCCCUCCCUCCAUGACCUGACAGAACUGUCACGUUCCGGCAGCGGCACGCCGACCAAGAGCCGCAGCGCUUCAGCCCUGCUCAAUGGCGGAAGGAAGACACCCAGCAACGACGACCUGUCCUAGCCUCUCCACUUCCUCACUGACGCGUUCAAACACAAGCACUCAUCCCAAUAGGAACAAACACUCACCCCACAAACACACAAAUCUCAGGCCAACAUUCCCAUUACUUCUGAGAAGGAAGAGAAGAUGAGGUCAAAAACCGAGAAGAAAGAGUUCUUCGUCUUCUCAGAGCCCACUGUGACUGACUGUGAUGUACAUAAAUCAAGGACAAUCAACCCUUUUUGGCUCUGCUGCCCCCGGCGACGGGAACGCGACUUGUGGACCGCUUCUCUCCAACAUUAAAAAGAUACUACAGAGGAGGGAGAGAGACAAGGAAGGGACAGACGAGUUCAGUCAGUCACAAAGUACGUUCAACAGACUGUUACAGAGAACCAAAGAGUUAAAGUAUUACCUAACCUGGUAUAAAAAGGGGCCAGAGAGUUACAUGGAGUUACAAAGUGAGGAAGGCAGUCUUUAUUUACAUGUGCAUAUUGAUAAAUUACAAGUUUAAAGGUUUUUUUUUCCAGUAAUGCAAUCCAAAAAGUGAAACUUGUACAUUAAACUGAUUCAUAACACAAAAUUAUAUAUUUUUAGGAUUUAAUUUAGUCAAUGUAGAUGACUAUGACUUACAGCUUACAUAAAAAUCUCAAAAUUCAAUUUCUCAGUAAACUAGGAUAUUACAUAAAACUAAUUAAAAGUAUUUUAACAAGUAGCCCUUGUUUUUUCCUUCCACUCAGAUUUCCAGGAUGCUUGAAUAAAGCAAACAGCUUCUUUAACAAUGACUUUUUAUUUCUUUCCUUCCUUGUGGAAGGCAUCAGUCACUGUGUACUGGAUAACUGUGAAGUCAAUUGUCUUCUCCAUCAUUGUGUAAGCCAUAUACAUGGCAUAAAAACUUUUUUUUUUUGGUCUGUCUUUGAACUCUUCCAUAACAAAAACCUAUAAAUUGUUAUUGAUAAAGAACUUUGCUGUUCAAAAUGCUGUAUCCAAGCAGUUAGAAGGUUGAGUGGAAGAAAAAAGUGUAGAUGAGAAAUCCUGAUUGUGCAAUUAGGAUAACCAAUCAGUCUCAUGCAAUAUCUUGUGAGAAUAGCUGAAUUUUGGAAUUUCUUAAGUUGUAAGAAAUAUUUCACCAUAUGUGCAAUGAAUCUAUAUAAGUUUCACUUUAUGACUUGAAUUACUUGGAUGGAUGAAUUAUUGAAAUGCACCUGUAUGCUACUGUAUGCUAUGUUUACACACAGCUCCUGGGGUUAAGUCAUAUUUUCAAAAAUGAAGGACGUAUUCCUUGUAAAAUUAUAAGGAUUUAUUUGUUUGCAUGCAUGUGCGCCUCUGUGUAUGCGUGCGUGUGCGCGUGCGCGAGAGAAAGCUGUGUUUGCAGUAGAUGUGUGUGAGCGCGCGCGCAUGUGUCUUUUACCUUUUUAAGAUCUGUUGUAUAUCAGACGAACCUCCUGAGGGCUUCAGCAGGUCACAUUUAAGGUUUACUGUAUAUGCUUCCAUGCUCACUUCUUACGGGCGACGCUGUUGUUUAUCUUUCCGUUGGUAGCUGUCGUCCCUUGCUGUUUGUUUGUUUGUUUGUUUGUUGUUGCAUGGAAGCUCGUGGACCUCUGCUCAGUAGCAGCAUGCUGAAGGUCCCCCAGGCCUUUUUUCCCCUCUGGGUCUUACAUGUUAACGACCACAAGAAAACACUAGUGAGCCAAUAGUGUGAUACCAGAACACUAGUGAACCAAUGUGAGGGUGUUAGAACACUUCUGGACCAAUAGUAUUGCACCAGAACAUGUGUGGACCAAUAGUGUUGAACCAGAACUUUGGUAAACCAAUGGGAGCACAGAUUAUCUUCAUAUUUUGGUUCCUGCUGUGCACAAACUAGAAAUGCACUAAAUAAACUUUGUAA